AUGGCCGCCAACCCUUCUCGCUUCAGCGGCUUUGCAGCGUUGCCCAUGGCAUUCCCAAAGGAAGCAGCAGUGGAACCCGAGCGAGCCGUGAAAGAUCUCGGCCUGGUCGGCGCGAUGAUCGAUAACCACCUAAUGGACGGGACGUACUAUGAUAACGAGACUUUCUGGCCCGUCUUCGAGACAGCAGAGCGUCUAGACGUACCAAUCUAUCUCCACCCAUCCCCUCCAUCUCCAGCCGCAUUACAGCAACAAUUCGCCGGAAACUACCCCACAAGCAUCGUCGGCCGCCUAGGAGCCUCCGCCUGGGGCUGA